CCUGAAUAUUUUAUGACUCUUCAACGACGUUGUAAUCAAGCGUCAGCUUACUCUUUCAGUUGGCGAUCCUCGAGUACGUGGAAAAUCACACAACAGUUAACGUCGCGUGCUGCGUUAACGCGAAGCCUUUUUUUAUGGUGCUUGCUAAUUCAGCGAAAUUCAUUGCUAGAAAAAGUUUCGUUUUUUUCAAUUGAGGUGGGGAACCGUAACAACGAUACUCUAGAAAAAAAUUUUAAUUUUCAGAAAGAGACUUGAAACCGAGGCUCAUUAAAUGCCUGAAAUACUUCAGCUCAAAGAAGUAAAACGAAGACGAAAAUGUUCGAAGGGACGAGCAUUGAAAACUUGGAUUUUUCGAAUUUAAAGUGAUCCGCAGUUACUCCAUUGGAAUGAAAAUCAAUGAAUUUUUCGUGAAGAAUUGAGAUCGGAAUACAAAACCGAUUUUUCUUGCUGUUCCGCUUCGACAGUUCGUUGAGUCACUGGCGAUUUUGUCAACGCGAUUCGUUGGAAUAUUCGCACAAAAAUUGGAAUCGAAACGAAACUUUUCUCGUCAAAACUUUUUGUCAUCUUCCGGAUUAAGGGGUGGGCCGUGUACCGUUCGGUUUUCACACAUCUGAUCGAGCAUGCACGGGUGACAUGAUAAAAGUUGGCGAAACCAUGACUGCGCGUGGAACGUGACUCGCUUUUUCCAGCCACCGAAAUUCUCAGAAACCAGUAGGAUUCCCCAAAGCCCGAGAGUACCGACCACCAUCAACGGUUAUCCGUUCUAGAAUCUUACAUGCUCGUCUAAAACGUCCAAAAUCGAAGAAAAAUGGACGUUGACGCGAGUUGAGUAAUAGUUCGUGAUAAGAUCGCGCUUUUCUCGUGUCCUGAAUUGCACUGUCAUCGGUACACUUCCUCGACAAUUAUCACCGAUCACAAAUAUUCGGGGGAUCUAUUUUCUCGUGUGAAUUAGUCGUUUACAUACUCGUCACUUUCUUCCUACCUGACGAACAAUCCACACGAAGUUCUCGCCCACUUUUCAUCCUUAUCAGUCCUUCGACUCGCGUUGUUCGAGUAUGUACGUGCGCUACGGUUGUGCCAAAUGUGCUGCAGCUCGAAUUAAUGAAAAAAUGAAAAAACAUCUCGCGAGUCACGUUUGAUUGGACCGUGAUCGACGCAUUGGGUCCAUUUGACCCAGGGCGCGCCUCAUCCGCCGUCGUCAUCAAAAUUUUAUGAAUAUCGAAUAAUUUAACUUGAAAAGAGCGACCAGAGUUGCUCAACGAAACGAUCUCUUUCCUCGAAUAACAUAAUAUUCAUCACUUACUCGUAGUUUAUGUUGUUUCACUUUCACGAAACAAUAUAAACGUUUCGAACGUUACGAUUUUAAAAAAAACGUGAGGGCAUCGAAGUGACGAGUGAUUGCGAAAAGCAUCUUCAGACACGUGUGAAAAGGCGCAGGUGUUGGUUGUUUACAUCACACGAACGAGAUUGCUCAUCGAAAAAAAUUGAAACAAGCCACGUUCACCGUGAAAAACGACUCCGAAGUCGAGUGUCUCACUAAAUUUGAUACCUGCAUGGUUUAAACCGAAACUUCGGCUUUCAAAAAAUUUGAGCCAUUUCAAGAGGGACGUUGAAGGAAAGUGAAGACAAAAAUGAUCAAAGUUCUCGCUCUUGUUCUACAAAAUUCAAGAAAAAUUAGAGGAUCGAUCGACAAAUUUUGACUAGAAUUACAUUUCGAUUACGUUCUGUUCCAUUUUUCACCACGCACAAAGUUAUUUGGAGAUUGAACUGAAAUUUAUUAGUGAAUAAGUUGAACGGUUUUUUUGUCAUGACGACAAAAAUAUAACGAACCGUUUGCAGUUAGACUUUUUUCUACAAUAGCGAGUCGUACCAUAUAAAAUUUUCCUCUUUAAUCUCAGAUAUAGUUGCACCAUGUUUUCCUAAAAUUAUAACGAACCUUCUGGAAAAAAGUGAACGAUGCUUAAGCCGAAAGAAGUUACGACGAACAGUGAUUUGUUGACUAGCAAAGCGAGUAGACUUAUAAAUCGCAAAGUUUGGCCAAUGCCCGAUGCGAAAGAUAAGGAGGACUGGGCCAAACAGAUCUAUUUUCAGCAAAUGAUCAAUCGGCCUAGCGAACCCAGAUCACGUUCCUUGCUACGGGCUGAAGGCUUAACCGAUUUUCCAACAAUUGCCGAUAUCAAUGAUCGUGAAAGCUUCCAUUGCGCGAUAGGUUCAAUCCUCGGCAUCGCUCAAUGUUUCGGAGUCAUGCCACUGACCGGUGUUCGAACAGAAUCGCCGAAAAAGCUGGCAAUGAAAUAUUUUUCCUUCAGAGUGGCGUACGCGAUGGCAAUCAUGAUCAUGCUGGUCGUUAUGUCUGCAAUCUCAAUUGGUCACAUGAUACAAACCCUCAGAGCGGACACCUUCAGCAUUCACGGGGGCAUUGGAGCAGCAACUGCAGGGGCGAUUUUCUACAGCAAUAGUCUUCUUGGUACUGCUCUUUUCAUGUGGCUCUGCCCACGUUGGAUUCCAUUGCAACGAGACUGGAGAGCGAUGGAAAGAAUUUUGGACAGAGAUAAACAUCAACCACCGGUCCUGCGUUGGAAAUUCUCAAUGUUGACUGCUGUCAUAAUGACUUUCGCUCUGAUCGAACAUUUAUUGAGCAUAGCGAACAACACCCCGCUUCACUUUUGGUCGUCAACGUCGAAUUUGACCGUCGAGGAUUUCCUUCAGUCGUACUGCGAGAAUUCUCACGCCUUUAUAUUUUCACUUUGUCAUUACAAUCUGUCGAUGGGAAUAUUCAUUUUUGUUAUCAGCAAGAUUUCAACGUUCACGUGGAACUUCACGGACGUAUUCGUAAUAUUGGUGGCCACGGGCUUGGCAGAAAGAUACAAAUCCCUCAAUAAAAGGCUGAUCACCAAUACUCCAUACUACCGAAAAAAUCUCGAUUGGCGAGAGUUUCGAGAAUGUUAUGCCACUCUGAGUACACUGGUUAAGAACGUCGACAACAAAAUAUCACCCAUAAUAUUACUCUCGUUUGGCAACAAUCUCUACUUCAUUUGCCUCCAAUUGCUCAACGGCCUAUCGCCGAGCGAAACGAACAUCUUAGGCACCGUUUACUUCUUCGGUUCAUUCGCAUUUCUUGUGGGAAGGACAGUUGCCGUAACUUUACUCACUGCUCGAAUAAACGAUCAGAGCAAACAGGCACUUCCCGCACUGUACAAUUGCCCAGGACCCUAUUACAAUAUCGAGACCCAGAGAUUACAGCAGCAACUCACAACCGACGAAGUGUGUUUAACCGGAUUGAGAUUUUUUUCCAUCACUCGAAACUUCAUGUUGGCUGUUGCUGGUGCGAUAGUAACGUACGAAGUCGUUUUGCUACAAUUCAACGUCGCGAUGAAUAAGUGAUCGCAACCCAAGGAGAAAUGGAAAAGGAAAUUUUAGCACAGAAAAAAAUUCGAUUUUCAACACAACGUGCCACAAUAUCGUGAAACAAUACAUGAGAUUAAUGGGCAGGAAUAAUUAUCGAAAAUAAUUAUAGAAAAUGCAGAAUUUUUGAAGAAUAUAUUUAUCGAUAAAUGCGA